CAAUCGGCGAUGGAGCAGCUAGUAAAGGACAUCAGCAAGCAUUCGCAGGAAGGAGAAUUCACUCUCCUCAUUGGGAAGCUGCAGAGCUCGAGCGAGCUAAUCUGCGACCAAGAUGUAGCGACGUUGGACACCGUGUUAGGCACGUUGGAGCCCGACAAGCACAGCCUUGGCUACCUCGCAAUUUUGUGAGACGUUACAAUCACCCGUAGUGAGCCGUAGCGUGUGUUUGCCCUACUAUAAGGACGGGGAAGCUGAGUAAGCCGGCGGCGCAGCUAAACUGGGGGGUCCUCAUGGAGCAAAUGAGGUCGUUUACCCAGGGGUUCACACGUGAUCAGGUCACACAGAACCCCAUCUCCUUUUGUAACCUGUUCCAUCAGCUCACUGAUGUUAUGUGCAAGAGAAAACAGACAAUAGAAGGGGUGGUGAUCCUCAGGACUGCCAUACGGCGCUACCAAACCUGUCCAGCCUGCCUGACAGCUAUUCACUCCGACUUACUUCAGGUGUGUUUGAUGGCCAAAUGUCUGAAACCUGCGCUGCCCUUUCUCGAACAAGAAUACUCUGAGCUCCUGACAGAUGGUGGGCAGUUUGACGCUCGCUACGUUCUGCUCUUCUAUUACUAUGGAGGGAUGGUGUAUGCCUGCCUCCACAAGUACCUGAGGGCUCUGCUAUUCCUGACGGUGUGUUUGACAACGCCCACAGUUGCAAUUAGCGCCAUUAUGGUAGCAGCCUACAAGAAGUUCGUUCUUGUCUCACUGCUCAAAUUUGGAAAAGUUAUAACUCUUCCUAAGUACUGCUCUCAUAUAGUCGACCGAAUGAUGAAGCCUCUCUGUGGGUCCUACAACGAACUGGCAAAGACCUACGCUGGAAGAAAAGUGGGACCAGUUCACGAACUUAUUGCAAAAUACUCCGAAGUCUUUCAGAACGAUGGUAAUCUGGGUCUGGUUCACAGACUCCGCGAAACUGUGUACAGACACGCCAUGCAGCGCCUCACUCAGACUUUCAUGACACUCUCCCUGGCGGACGUCAGCUCUCGCAUCAACCUCAGCUCCGCUCAGGAGGCAGAGCUCUACAUACGGAAUAUGGUGCAGUAAUCAGUCAAUGUGGGUGUGUAUUUGGGUCGUCCAAUCCACAGAUUGAGCAGGAGGAGGUCCAUGCUAGUCUGGACCAGACGGCGGGUAUGGUGUCCUUCUCUGAAAGUCCUGAGGCAUACGACUCUCACGACAUGGCAACUUACCUCCAAUCGCAGUUGCAGCGAUGCAUGGCAUUGGAAAAGAAACUGAGGGCUCUGGAUGAGCAGAUGGCACUAGACCCGCGAUACAUCACAAAGACAAUGGGUGGAGGGUUUGAUGAUGAUCCCAUUUUUCACGAGGAGGGUGUCAUGUGAGAGGAAGAAUUUCAGGCUGUAGUCAGUGACCAAUAUACAUACACACCACGGCAUGCACAACUGAAUCAGACUUGCUAUCAUAGAUUGGCAUCACACAAGAGCCAUGUAUUUCAUGAUUUUCAUGAUUUUUCUGGAUUUAACUUAUCGUUUAUACUUAUACUCUCUUCUGAGAGAUGCAUGGGUUUGUGGCAUAUUGUUCUGGUAUCGUGGUAUUAUGUCGGAGCUGCUACACUUGAGCCAGCAUCGACUGGAGGGAGCGCCGUACAUUGGACAACUCCUGCUGUUGCUGUAGAAAAAGAUACCAGAUAUCCCAAUUUGAAUCCGGGACGUCCCACUUA